CGUCUAGGGCGAGGGCGGAGCCAUCGCGAUCCGGUGCUUGGAUGAAGAGGAUUCCGAUCGUUUGCCACCGGCAUUGCGAUCGUCAUCGCGAUCAGGUACUUGUUCUUGGAGAAUGCAGCGGAAGCCAAAGCCUGCGUCUGGGGCGGGAUUCGGCGUGGUUCCUCCCUAUCAGCCGAAUAUCGUCCCUCGCGUGAAGAUCUGGUUUCCUCCGGCGUUCACAGCCAAGUACAAGCCAGAGCCAGAGCCGGCCCCGGCGGAGAUCAGCUCAUAUCCGUCGAAAAAGAGAGAUUUUGAUACCUUCGCUCAGGAUGCCGAGGUGUGUAGUUUCCAGGGGGAGGAUAUUGGGGGCUAUCCUCCCAGGGCGGAGGAGAUUUUGCUGUUCCAGGACUUGAAGCGUAGGCGCGGCGAGCGUUUCACCUUGAAGGAUAUUGAGGAGGACGAGAAUGCCAAAGUUUUGGCCGAGAAGGAGAUGAGGAACUUUGAGGGGUUCUCUCGGCCCCGACCACCUGAAGCUGGGAAAGGCCCUCCAGCUAUUUCGCUGUCGAUCGACUUGUUCGACAAUCCCGAGAUCGAUCUCAAGCAUCCUUCCACGGACAUUCAAGAGGCCCAAGAACGUGGUGAGAAAGGAGCCAAGGCAAGAGCAAGGUUUUAUGCCUCUACUGGCCUUUGUGAAUGGGUACCCUGUUACGUGCUCGAGUACGACAGAAAGAACGACACUUACUUGGUUGAGUUUACGUUUAACGAGAAGAGAAAGGUCAUAAAGAGGCUAAGUUUCAUAUUGGACAGGGAAAGAGAGCGCGCAUUUGUCGCCAGAGUGUUUGCUGCCAAAGACCUUCGAACGAGGGUUGAAACUCAAAUGUUCAGCGCUAUUCCGCGUAUGUUGAGGACCUUCCAUUCAGAAAUCCUGAAGUGAUUGACGAUCAGCUU